AUGGAACUUGUCUGGCUCGCUGAUAUACCACAAGGUAGACGACGCAGUAGGGCUUUGAGAGCAUGUGUCCACUGUCAGAGGAAAAAGGUACCCCAAAGAGAGCAACAGCCCCAGGACCGUGUUGCCCAAUCGCUUCUUGUUGAUACCAAUUCAUCUACAACAGUGACAACGGCCCAGAUAACAUCUAUCACACCGAUUCUCCACAAGGGCUCACACACUGAACGCGUUGUUGGAGAUUUGAACCCAGAAGCCGUAAUACGUGAGAGAUUAGAUUUCGCCAACGGAAUUCAGCUGCGAGACCGAAUUGGCCUCUGGGUCAGUUCUUCCUCUGUUCAAACGUGUGAAGAGCAUAUAUCUUACUCCGAAUCUACGCCGGCUCAUGAUGCCCCCAGCCACUACAGCCCCGAGGCGCGAUCGACUGCUUCUUUAUUACACCGGCAGUCUAAACUUGCAUUGAAGGCCUGUGAGCGUUUGCCCGAUUCGACGCGAAAUCAUCUUCUACUCAUCUAUUUCACUAAACUCAAUCAUAUAUUACCCCUUGUCGACCCAGAUUUCCUGCUUUCAGCUCAUGCUGGAGAUUCGAUAUCUGUGUUCCUAGAACGCGCAGUAUGUCUCGUAGCAGCUAAAGUUCGCGCAGCCGAACCUUAUCUUCGCCUAUGUGAAGAAGGUCAGGUUAUGACUUCCCGUCAAUUCUGCUCUGAGAUAUACGGUGAACUUGUGAAUGCCAUGAAUGUCGGCUUGGAAGCCGACAGGAUCACCCGCAUCCGUAUUCUGGCGCUCAUGUCUCUGCAUCGCGAAGGCUAUGAAGGCGCCGAAUCAGCCUCGAUGCAUCUUUGCCAGGCAAUUCACCAGGCUCAGACAAUGGGCCUACAUCUUCAUCGUCCUGGUCGGAGGCCGGAGGAUUCUCUAGCGAGUCUCUUUUGGUGCUUAUGGACUUUGGACAGAAUGCAUGCCUGCUUAGGUGGCCGACCCGUUUUUAUGUCUGAACGUGACAUCGGAAUUGGAAAACCUCGAGUUGAUCAUUUUGCAACAAAAUCAGCUUUCGACAUAUGGUUCGCGAUCUCAGUUUUACUAUCAACGGUGAUCUCGUUCUACAGACCAGCUUCGGAUCACACGGUUGGAUGGGAAGCAGAUUUCCCCACGUUUGAGAGCAUCACAGGGGAUCGGUGUUCCGACUUGGACUUUGCUACUUUAGGUCUUCUUGAGCUGUAUUACCAUGCUGUCGGCAUCCUUUCCUGCAGAUACAGAUUAUCGCAUCCUGCAGAUCUGUCGAAACCUUCGUAUGUUCGUCAGGGACUUGCCGCAGUCCGAAUUCAUUCCAUUGUGGCCACGGAAUGCUCCGGAAGUCUACCACCACUGCCCAUUAUUCCUUAUGCCAUAACGCUAUCUAUGGGUGUUUCGUACCAGCAAUUUCGCUCAAGCAAACUCAUUAUUCACCUCAAUCGAGCCAGGGCCGGCCUAGAAGCUUCCUGUGUUCUGCUCGAGAGAGUAAGUGCCUAUUGGUCAACCGCAGAGGCGAUGGCCCGACUGGGACGAAAGGCACUUCAUCAGAUCGACGUUUCGAACCCUAAAUACCAGCUGCACGAUCAUGAAAAUGAGCAAUCGCUAGACCUACCGAGCGUCUGCACUCCGCGGUCUUUGGGGAAGACCAUGCCCCCAACACCCAAUGCUUUGGAGGUACAAAACAUCAGCAGCACCGAUCCUGAGUGCGGCCGAUUCGCUGAUAUAGACUUUUUAUUCGGGGAGUUCCUCGACCUUUCUCUUCCCACUAAUUUUUUGGAUCCUGUUUUUCUAAGCUCGGAACAGCCAGAGGCAUGACACUGCACAGCAAGGGAGCAUUGACUCGGCGAUCCCAGUCCAUGAAAAAUGAAUGUGUGGAAAGGUGGUUGUUCUCGGGGGUUCAGGCUUGGCAUUUUGGAAUCCACUUUAUCCACUAUCCAGGCACGCCUUUCAACAUGCCGAAGUAUUCUCGUUAGCGAACUGCCGGUCGUCAUCAGUGUGGAAGACCGAGCACUAGUGCCGUCUCAGUGACAAGGACCCAGCUUGUACCAGGAUCCCUAGGAUCGCGUUUCAUAGGUGACAGUUGCCAACACAUGGUGAAGACCGGGAUCUGGUAGUGGCCGUGCCAACUCGGGAAGUGUAUGCACGCGAUGUAUGCAUACAUCUCAUGAUUGGAAGUAUGGUUAUUAGCAUCAUAGUAGUGAACAAAUAAAUUACCAUAUGGUC